CUUAUCCCUUGAUCGAAUGUGACGUACCUUAUCCAACAUGUUUUCGAAAUAUUGAACUGAGCAUAUCUUUGGGGAACUUAUCGAUAGGCUAGCCCUUUUGAGUGGCCUGCAUGCGGUCGGGUAAACCAUUCGUCGCUCCCCACCGUCGAUCACACCGCUAUCUUUCAUACAUAUCUCGCCUGCUUGCAAUCAUGGCAUAUUCACAGUAUUCUGUAGAGGAUGAAAUCUCCAUUUUCUUUGCAAAAACGUCCACGACUCGUCCAGAUUGCGAUGUGCGCGCAGAGGAGCUUGUUAGUGGCAAGGCUACUCGUGUCGACGUUUAAGGCAACUGCAGCUACUCCGUUUAUACCGGGCUAUCUCUUAAGUAUAUUAUUCAGUUCUGAUUAAAGUUUUUAUAGCUUGAUAUAGAGAUUACUUCUCUGGUAAGAUAGGUAUAUAGAUCUUUAGUUCUAAUUGUUUUAUUUAAGGGCUAAGUAG